AUGUCCUUUGGGCAGAGCAUGAUACCCCCCUCUACAGUGCAUUCUUCUAAUAACUAUAAUCUCCCUGAAACCACGUUUCAAAAUAUCCAUAAAGUAAAUGUAAUAGUUUUACAAUAUGCUUUUCUCUUGCAGACCAUGUUUACAGCAUGCGAGCUGGGAGUGUUUGAUUUGCUACAUGAACUAGGGGAGCCUCUGACAACAGAAACCAUUGCUUCUCGCUUGUGUACCAGUGUAGAUGGAACAGACCGGCUGCUCACUGCCUGUGUUGGACUGAAACUCCUGAAAGUUGAACUGAAGAACAAUGAAGCUUCUUAUUCCAACACAGAUCUUUCCUCCAUAUAUCUGGUCAAGUCAAGUCCAAAGUCACUGUAUCACAUGAUGAUGUACCACUCUAACACUAUCUAUACGUGCUGGCAAUUCUUACCACAAGCUGUAAGAGAAGGCAAAAGCCAGUAUGAAAGAGCUUUUGGGGUAUCGUCAAAAGAUAUAUUUACAGCCAUUUACAGGUCAGAAGAGGAGAUGGUGGCUUUUGUAAGUUUUAUGGACUCCAUAUGGAAUAUAUGUGGAAAGUAUGUGAUACAAGCUUUUGACCUCUCGAUGUUUCACACAGUCUUUGACCUUGGAGGAUGUUCUGGAGCUCUUGCAAAACAAUUUGCAUCUACAUAUCCCGGAUCUACUGUCACUGUUAUGGACCUGCAAAAUGUGAUACAAACUGCAAAGAAAUAUUUCAUGACAGAUAGUGAUCAACAUAUAUCUUUCAUUGAAGGAGAUUUCUUUAAUGACCCAAUUCCUGAAGCAGACCUAUUUAUUAUAGCCAGGAUUAUACAUGACUGGACAGAAGAUAAGUGUCAUCUGUUGCUGAAUAAAGUUUACCAAUCCUGUAGACCUGGAGGUGGAGUUCUUCUGGUUGAAGUUCUUUUAAAUGAAGACAGAAGUGGCCCUGUGACUUCCCAGCUGUACUCAUUAAACAUGUUGGUCCAGACAGAAGGCAGAGAAAGGACCCCAUCUGAAUACACCAAGAUUCUCACAGACUGUGGCUUCAGGGACAUACAAGUGAAAUCAACUGGAAAGCUUUAUGAUGCAAUCCUGGGGAAAAAAUUGGCAUGAUUUUCGCGUUUAUAGAAAUUCUAAUCCUUUGUUUCUAAUUUAUUAUUUGU